UAAACGUUAACCUUGUAAAUGGUCCCUUAAAACACCUUAAAAAUGUAUUUAAAUUGCUUGAAAGGUUCCUUAAAUGUUGUAAAUAUUCCAAAACCCAACCUUUAAGAUACUUAAAACCUUCUUUAGGUUACUUAAACCGCAUGAAGCUUAACUAAAUACCAACUAAAGACUUACUUAAGUCGGGCUAAAGGCAAAUUCCAUUUUAUAUUAACCCUCUUGCUUAACCCUGUAGUUAUAUGUCAUCCCAAAAACACACACCCCCACACCCUGAAAUAAACAAAAUACGAAAAACCUAAAACGAAAUGAAAACCCCCAGAAACAAGUAACUAAAAACGUGCCAACGUGACCAACAAACGUUGCUCCUUUUUGGCCAAAGUGAUUGGAGGUUUUCCUAGUGCUAAUUCUCUCAUUACGACAUCAUCGCAUCCGCUCUCUAACCCCUCUUCGAUCUGGGCUGCUCCCUGGGGGCAGCAUGGAACUAUGCUCGGAACCAUCACUAUACCUACUACUACUCCAACGGCGUCAUCUGAAUACCUAACACCCCCGAGAUAUAGGAACUGCAUAUCUGCAGAUUAAUCCCAAAGCAGCCAAAACUUAAACAAAUUGCAUCUUGUGCGUGUACGUGUGUGUUGAGUGUGUGUUCAGUGUGUGUGUUAUGUCUGUAAAUCUGGUUAGUUCGUUGUUGUGCCCGUAAUAAUACACCACACACCCGCCACCCGCUACCGUCGCCGCUCGAAAAACGCUAACGAUCAUGCAUAAACCAAAGCUAACGAAUGCUAUAACCGCCGCCGCCAUUGCCUCAUCCAUAUCCACCAAUAAUAACAACAACAACCACAACAAGCACACCAGUGCCGGCAGAGAGUCGAAGCGGGCACGCCAGUUCGGAAUCGGGAUUGGCAUUGGCCACCACCCAUCGGGCCAUCGGCCGGACGACUCCGGCUUCGACCACCUCGACCACUCGUCACUAAUUGGGGAUUCGAUUGAUUUAGAACACUACAUCAGCGCAAUGGAGGCCAGGAGGCAUGACCAGGAGCCGGAUGUGUGGGCCCAGUUGCAGCAAAAGGAAUCGGAUAUAUUGCUGGCCGCCGAAUUGGGCAAGGCAUUGCUGGAGAAGAACGAAGAGCUGGUCAAGCAGCAGGAGAAACUCAUUGAGGACUAUUCCAGCAAAAUUGAGAAACUCGAGCAGGAGAAGCAUGUACUGCGCCAGAAGCUGGCAAUUGCCGAGGACGAAAGCGACCAGCGAGUCCUUGAGCUACAGUCCGAUCUCAGUGAGCUGAAAGAGAAGUUGCAGACGCAGGACACAGCCAUUCGACAGGCAGAGAAGGAGAAGACCAUCCUCAUUGAUGAGCUGCAGCAUCAGAACACACGACUCACGGAACAGAUCCAGGAGGCGCAUGCCACCGAGCUGAAGCUCAGUGCCCAGAUUCAGGAGCUGAAGGACCAGUAUCACUACAGGAAUAGCAGCCUGCAGGAACAUGUCAACAGCCUGGAGUCCAUCAAAACAGAACUCAACCUCACCACGGGCAAGCGGCAAGAGCUGGAGCGUCGCCUGCAGCAUGCCCAGGAGGAGAAGGAGAGCCUGACCUCGUCGCUGGAGGAGGCCUCCGAUCGUAUCCACAUGCUGGAGCGCCAUGCCCGCGAGCAGGAAACCAAAUUAGAGACCACCUUACAAGCAUUGGAACGCUCCCAGCGUGAAAAUAAUGUACUCAGUGAACGUUUGGGUGCCGAUACAAAUUCGAGCACGCCGGGAAAGAAGAGUCUGCAGUUUGAAAUGGAGUGCGAUGAGGAUGAUGGCAGCUACACGGAAACGGGGAAGCCCAACCAUAUGUGGGUCGAGGCUAGAUCCGUCUACAUACAACUUAAGUCCCUUGUGGACUCGCUGAAAGUGAGCCACGACGACGAUUCAGGUCUCAACUCUGACAUAUCGCUGGAGCUGGAGUCAAUGGACAACACCAUCUCGAGCUCGGAGCGCAACGAGGAUGGGCACAUGGCCAUCGAGUUCCGCCAAGGUAUGCUGUCAGCCAUGUCCGACGAGCUGACCCGGCUGCUGCUUAACCUGGAUGCCGGCAACUUCAAAAAGAUGCUAGACCAGACGCGCAACCUGGUGCUCGAGCAGGAGGAUGAGAUCAAGCGCAGCCACCAGCUCAUUCAGCAGCUAGAGGCCAAGGUCACAGUGACGGACGUGGAGCUGCAGAACGUGAAGGAAGAGCGAGAUCAGGCGCGUGGCGACCUCGAGGACACCACCGAUCGGGACGAGCUGUUGUCCAAGGCGCAGACAGAGCGUGAUGCGGCCAACGGCCGUCGCACCAAGGCCGAAGUAGAGUUGGCCAAGACGCGGGUGGAACUAAUGCAGGCCAACAGCCAGCUGCUGGAGUCCAUCCAGCAAAAGGUCGAGCUGUCGCAGCAGUUGGAACAGUGGCAGAUGGACAUGCAGGAGCUAAUUGAUGAGCAGAUGCGCUCCAAGCUGAUCAACAAUCGGCGAGCGCUGGCCAACGAAUCAUCCGCCCCGUCGCCACCCAGCAGUGCCGCCGCCAAUCUGGCCAAGCGUGUGUCCAGCUACAAGCUCUGGAGCUUAUUUCAGCGGUAAUUGGAUGCCGAACCUCACCGUUCGCUGGAAGGUGUACGCCACCCUCAUCUUCUUGAUGUAGGGCUCGGCGCGGAGCUAUAUAUUUUUAAUAUUUAUAUGUAUAAACAAAACAAACACAGACACACACAAAUCGGAGGAGUGCGAAUUGUACUUAAUUGUUAUUUGUAUACUGAAGCUGAAGCAUCAUCGCCCUUCUCCCUCUUCUGUUCGUAGUGAAAUCUAUCUAAUUACGCUUUAUUAAUUUUAAAUACUUACCGCAUAUUCGAUAUGAUUAUUGUACCUACUUGUAAUUAAUGUAAUCUUAAAAGAACUCGUACUCGUACCUAUGUCUAA